UUUUUGUCAUUUGUUUUCGUUAACCUACAAACAACGACAUGUCCUGUGGUGUCCUGUGGUCCUGUCCGGUGACCGAUUGAAUGACAUUCAGUGAACUUAACAAAUCAAACAAUCUUCCUCAUCGAAAGUAAAAACGAAGUGAAGAAUGGAAAAGGUGUAUGGAUGUGGUCAGUUGGACUAUACAUCUGAACCCCUCUGUUUAAGAAAUUUCUUUAACGAUGCUUCUCUUCAGUAUCAUCCUUUUGUAGAAGGGUCUGAAGAUAAAAAGGAACAGGCUAUUUACAGAGAAGCAAUGAUGGAAGUGAUGGACAGUACAUUGACAGACUCCGAAUUCCAGGAUUUGGAGAUCAUCUGCAGCGCAGAUAACUUUAAGGUUCCUGACCAACUACCCCAAUUUUCUGUGAACUCCCCGUUGUGUGGUUUCCAGAAGGUCAACUGUCCUCAAGAUUCUGAGUUUGAAACUCAUCAUAAGCUUGCAGCUCGUGGCAGAAUUCAUGAAAGAUUUUUAAAGUACACUGGCACAAAAUGGCUGGAUAAACUGCAGACAGCAUCUGACUAUAAGCCUGAUUUGAAACCGGGAAGUGAAUUAUUGGUCAGUGUGCGGUUGUAUGCCCCAUUUCGUCAUGAGGUUGGGAAAGCCCACCACAGGGUAGCUGCUGGUUGUCAGGAGAUUAUUGCAUUAGGUUCAAACACAUUAGCAGACUUAAAAGAUAGUUUUGCUUGCGCAGCCGACAACCUUAUAUGUCAAGACUUGAGUUCAGAUCCAUUCCAAUCGACAUUUCAAAAAGCAAAGGAUAAGUACAAAUCUGGCAUGUUCUAUAUCAAUGAAACCUUUUAUGAUGACAUGCGCUGCUCAUCUAAUAUUGAAUAUAGUGAGCAAGUUUUAGACUGGGCUGAGAAACGAAAUUUAAAUCUUGGAAAAAAGGCAAAAAUGGAGCAUACCAAAAUAAUUGAUCUAACUGUUAAAUUGGGUUAUCCUUAUUUGUAUCAACAUCAAGGAAAUUGUGAGCAUCUUUUCUGUUUCUCUGAUGUACGUUUACUUCACCAAUCGGAUCUUUUGCAAUCAUCUAAGUACCCACUUUUGAAGAGUCUUUUUAGACAGAACUCACGCUAUUGUAUGCUGUGUGGGCACUAUGUGGCGAAGUGGCUAACUAUUGGAAAUCUGAGAGUACCACAUGACCCCUGCUACUUCUGUCAGAGUUGCUUCUUAUCGUACAAUUAUGUUGACAAGGAGAAGAUAGGUUCAUUCAGAGCUUUCCCCUUUUCAUGCUCAUCACCUGCCUUCCUUGCCCAAAUGAAAGAAUAAUGUAGUUCCAGUAAUGGAGACUAUUGAAGUAAUUAUAAUUCAGAAUUGAUUUACAUACAAGAUAUCUUGCUGAGUUCAAUUCAUAGCCACAUUUCCAGGAUUUCACAAAAGUACUUUGUAACAUUGAAUGAAUGAAGUCCAGCAUACAUUUGUUACUAGUUUCAAAUAGUAAGUUCAUCACCUCAUUAACAAA